CGACAUAAAGAAAUCAAGUCAAGAACACCGAACCAACCCAGCAGAACUUUCACCAUGGACCACAGGACACUAUUGAGGAUCUGUUUUUACCAGCUCAUUUUUUUCACAGUACUAGUCAACGUCAUUGCUGGCAAUGACGUCAUUACCUUUAGUAAGUUGUUUUGUUAUUUUGUUUUUUGUUGGUUUUUUUUGUUGCAGUUGUUUUUUCCUUCGAACAAGCUGUGUGCACAUCUUAAGUAUAUAUUAAUUCGUUAAAGAAGAACUCUGACUUUUUAUUUAUUUAUCUUUUUUUGUAAAAAAAUAUUGCCGCUAAAUACUUUUUUCUUUUGGACAUUAUUAUUAUUAAUUGUAAAUCUCCAUGUUAAAGUUAAAGGGGAAUUUUUUUUUUUUUUUUUUAAUUUCGAUCUAUUUUGAAACUGCUAACCCCCCCCCCCCCCAAAAAAAUCUCUUUUUGCCAACACUUAAAAUUUAGUAUUGAGUACACUUGCUUUCUAAUAUUGUAUGAUGGAAUUUUUUUAUGAAAAGAUACCACGUGAUUGCAUCGACUAAAUUUGUAAAAAGUAGGACUCGACAGCUCCGGCUGAUGUCAAAACUAGGACUUCUUUCCUCCAUUUUUAUUUUUUAAAUAUAAAAAUAAGUCUUAUUCCAUCUAUGAAUUUGUAAUUAUUAUUUUUUUUAAAUUGAAAUAUAAAAACUAAGUCUUUUUCCAUCUUCGAAAUUCUAAAUUUAAAAAAGAAUAAUACUAAUUUUUUUUUUUGUAAUACUUGCAGACCAAGAUAAAGAUCUCUCAGCGGAGGAGAACGUUGACACUCUCUUAGAGACGGAGCAGUUCAUCAAAGUCGAUGGUAGAAAAGCUCCCCAGACGAAACACGCAAACGACAGCGCACGGUGGCGUGAUAGUCCUGCUCUCAAGCAGGUGGCCAACAGCGGGAACGAGGCUUCGUCGUCGCUCAAACUUUCGCCUUUGCCGUCGACUCAAACGCACGAGUCGUCGUCGGCCCAAGCCAAAGACUCCCCAGCCAGAGAACCCGUCCUGGCGAGGAGUAACUGCUCCCACACUUUGCGCGACGGCUCGAAGCACGCGCCCAAACUCACGUGGGACGACCUCUCGAUGGUGUCCGAGCACGAGGACGAUUUCCUCCCGGACAUGGAUUACACGUUUCUGCCGCUCAACGGCGAAUAUUCAGAGCCGCUGCUGAGCAGAAGUAGACGACAGGCGCCUUCGCUGGAGCCGGGCAGCGGUCAAGCUUUAGGUGGGUUGUUUAUAUAUAUAUAUGCGAAUCGCCGAUGUCACGCGUCACUCACUUGUUAUUCGUCGUAUCGCCACAUGUCAUAACCACAGUUGUUAUGUUGUCACGUGACCACCGUCCCUCAUCAUAUCGUCAUUCAGUUGUAAUUCGUCAUAUUGUCCAUGAAUGUCCUUUGUUACAUUGUCACCCAUAUCGUCACUCGUCCUAUUGUUGCUCGCCAUACUGUCACUCACCAUAUUGCCACUCACCCUAUUGUCACUCGCCAUAUUGUCACUCGUCAUAUUGUCACACGCCAUAUUGUCACUCAUCAUAUUGUCACUCUUCAUACUGUCAUUUGCCAUAAUGUCACACGUCAUAUUGUCACUCACCAUAUUGUCACUCGUCAUAUUGUCAUUUGUCACAUUGUCACUCACCAUAUUGUCACUCGCCAUUUUGUCACUCGCCAUACUGUUACUCGCGAUAUUGUCUCGGCACAUCAUUUGCUAACGUAUGUUCUUAAUUACUAUUUCUUUAAAUCUCUUAAGUUUAAGCUUUAAUCGUUUCCUCAAGGCUUCUCAAAUGCAUUGCACAUAAGGAGCAGAUUUAGAAUGAUCAGACAAAACAUGCAUACAAAUGUUAACAUAAAUAAAAAAUUAUUUCCAUAAGUCCUAAUAACAAGUAAUUUCUUUAAAUCUCUUAAGUUUAAGCUUUAAUCGUUUCCUCAAGGCUUCUCAAAUGCAUUGCACAUAAGGAGCAGAUUUAGAAUGAUCAGACAAAACAUGCAUACAAAUGUUAACAUAAAUAAAAAAUUAUUUCCAUAAGUCCUAAUAACUGGGUUAAUGGGGAAAAAGGGCAGAAGUAUAUCAACUUUACGUAAAAACCAUGUUUUGUGUGUGUGGUUGUGUGUUUUCAAUGUUCAAAAAAGUCCAUAUUUUGUUCCAAUAACCUUUUAUGAAGAAAAUCCCCAAUUAAAUGAGUUAAAAUCGCCUUCUCUAAGUACGCAGCGCCCAGGAAUAAUAUGCAUCUAUGCAAACUAUAUCAAGACACUGACCUUGACGACAUUUUGUGGUCUUUUCAAUACCCGUCUACAACCACAUUCCUUUAAGCUUAGUGUCUAAUGCCUAAUGUCUAAUGCCUAAUGUCUAAUGCCUAAUGCCUAAUGUCUAAUGCCUAAUGUUAGGCCUAUUUGGGAGGCUUAGACAUCGGGCUACCAGUGUUACCUAUUUAUCUAAAAAUCAUUCUGGCCAAAUAGCUGUGAAAUACGCCACAUUUGCUGUAAAGAAGUCAUGUAUUUACAUGCCAUUACGUCAUUGGUCAGUAAAGUGUGUAAUUCAAUUGUUCAUCUAUAAAUAAGCUAUGAUAUAGUCUAAGGAUAAUAAAAAUGGGUGGGGGGGGGCAUUCCUCUUGCUGUCCUCUCGGGUACUACAUUUCAGAUGAGUGUGUUAGUUUGAUUAAAUUCUGUUUUUACUGUUGUUUGUUCGCUGAUGAAGGCUUCUUGCCGACAUGUUCGUUGGUUUGUUGCGUUAUUUUUUUUUUUUAAUUUCAGGUUUUCCCAUACUUUAUUUCGCUCAUUUCUAUGAUAACAUCUAAGUAAUUUUUUAUUUUUUAUUUUAAAUAGUUCAUUGAAUUUUGAAUUGGAAAAUCAUGAGGAUUUUCAAAUUCCAUUUAUUAAUAUUGAAAAGAAUUGCAACGUGUACGGUUUUAAAGUCGAACAGUCUGGUAUUUAAUGAAGCUUUCCGGGAAAAAAAUAAAAUAAUAACCGGGCAUGUCGCGUAAAAUAGAUGACCAGGCCAGGGCCAUCUUAACAGCAUAAGAGGCCGAGGCCCUGGGCACAGCAAUGCAAUGGGGCCCCCUAGCAAUAAACAUAAUACUUGGGCCGUGAGAGGGGGGGGGGGGACAAACAGCUCCUUCUCCCCACCAACUCACAAGGGGGAAUGGAAAUGUAAAAUAAAAUAAUAAAAAAUUCAAUAAAGUUAAACUUCGAUGAAUUCAAUUUAUUGAAACAAAAAAACAAAAGCAUUCAAAAUCAAUAAUAGUUUCAAAACAUUAUCAGAAAUAAACUGUAAAUAUAAAUAAUCACAGGGGAUGAAAAAUUAUCAUUAUUGACUGAUAUAAUCCAUUAUUUAAUGUACAUCAACAUAAGCGUUUGCGUAGUUUUUUGGCAGAGAACUGUUUUAUUUUUGGGUUAAAUUCAAUGGUCUUAAGGAUGUCGUAGUCCAUGCACAUAAGUGAAAGCCAGUUCAUAAGUCACUGUGCAGGCUUAAUACUCUCGUGGAAGAAGGUGUCUGGUGUUUUGGCAACAGUAUUUAUUGGCAACCCUUUCAAUCAAUUUAAAAUUUACAAAGCGAGCUCAUCAACAUGGCUAUGAAUUUGAAACAUAAUAAAUGUAAAACUUGAUUCAUGCGUCAACUUUACUACCGUUAAGAAUUUACAAAUGGAUGGUGAUUUUUGUUUCUUCUUCAUCUAACCUAUAACCCUAACAUUAAUAAUGCAAUCAUUGACCAACACUGCUCUCCAAACUACAAAUAAUCAACUUACACAUUUUAAUUUGCAUUUAUUAUGAUUAUUUAUUUAUUUAUUAUUAUUUUUUUGUCCUAACACAGUUAAAGGAGAAAUUACUCUCGGUAAUGGCACAUUGACUCCACAGCAAGAAACUGAGGGUUCAUCUCAAAAUCUGGAACUAAAAAGAAGAUUAGCUGAAGCUGUAAGUUAUUGCUUUGUUUAAAAUUUCACUGUCUAAAUAUAUUUUAGGUGUAGGCCUAUUUUUAGCCUACACUACAUUAGUGAAUUCAUUCAGUUCCGAAAUGGCGCUUUUUUUUUUUUCUUCUUUCUACGGGCUGUUUCUGAGGGAACUGUUUCUACGAGGGCUGUUUCGGAUGGAGCUGUUCCUUUGGGCCGUUUCGGAGGGGGCUGUUUCUACGGGUUAUUGCUUUGUUUAAAAUUUCACUGUCUAAAUAUAUUUUAGGUGUAGGCCUAUUUUUAGCCUACACUACAUUAGUGAAUUCAUUCAGUUCCGAAAUGGCGCUUUUUUUUUUCUUCUUUCUACGGGCUGUUUCUGAGGGAACUGUUUCUACGAGGGCUGUUUCUGAUGGAGCUGUUCCUAUGGGCCGUUUCUGAGGGAGCUGUUUCUACGGGCCGUUUCUGAGGGAGCUGUUUCUAUGGGCCGUUUCUGAUGGAGCUGUUUCUAUGGGCCGUUUCUGAGGGAGCCUUUUCUACGGGCCGUUUCUGAUGGAGCUGUUUCUACGGGCCGUUUCCGGGGGAGCUGUUUCUACGGGCCGUUUCCGGGGGAGCUGUUUCUAACGGGGGCCGUUUCUGAGUGAGCUGUGUCUACGGGGGCGGUUUCUGAGUGAGCUGUUUCUACCGGUGCUGUCUGCAGAGUCGUGUUUCAAAUCCACACCUCUUUCCUAUUUCUUUGCACUGUGAACUCUGUGCCAGGUUUAUCGCCGUCAAGAGAUGUGCUUGCCAGUCGGAGGCGUCCUUGUACUUGUGUGCUGUGGCCCUGGUCUCCAUUCUCCACAACUUCGUAACCUGAUGCUGACUGUCUUAGUGUUAGCAUUUUCCCCAUAGCCAUUGUUUUCACAGUUAAUGAAAUUUUUACAUGAUAUAUAUAUUUUUUUUUUUUUGGCGGGGGAAGGGGGGGUGCACUAGUCAGGUUGAAAAUUACUGAAACAUAUUUCAAAUCCGCAUAGAACGGUUGAAACGUUACCAAGCAUGUUUCUUGAACGGAGGACUCACGAAGAAUCACGUCUCCGGGCCUAAGCCCCCACUCUCGUAGCUGUAAGUGUGGGACACGGCCAGGAGGCCAACCCGCAAAAUGAUUUUGCGACGGCAGGAAAGUCUGGCUCAGAGCGUUGACUAAAUCUGCAGAUUUUCUUCGUUUUUUUAUACUUUUUUUACGAACAAGCACAUUUUUUUUUAAAGACGCCUAUUAAAUUACGACUAUUAAUAAACAAAAUAAACAACAACAAAAAAGCACGAAACAAAACAACAAAGUGAAGACUCUGUCAUUUGAGCACCGGGCUUGAGCCUUUUUUUUUUUUAAAUAACGUUGCCCUUAUUUUAUAGUUUGUUAGUCUCAUCAUCAGCGUUGAAUUCCUCUUGAUUAUGAUUAUACCCCUUCUCCUCAACGCCACCACUCCCCAAUAUCUAAACUUAACUUUCUAACAUUUCUCCUCCUUUCUUUAGCUCAUGGCUUUUUUGAAAACGAUGACAAAUACGGAGUAUUUGAUAAAUAUAAACGCAUUAAGGUAUUUACAGCUUUUUUUUUUCUUUUUCUUUUUUGUUAAAUUAAUUUAUUAAACAUAUGUCAUCGUUUUAAUCGAGCGGGCGGAAGGGGGAAAAGGGGGGGGGGUAAUAUUCCUUUGUUAUAAAGCAAACGAUUGUGAUUGUUGAAAUCUGUAAACAUAAUUUUUUAAAGCUUUGUAUUUUUGUUAUUUAAAAUAUUUAUGUGUUUAAAUCACAAUCUUUACGUUCUGUUGACGUAUUCACAAUCAUGAUCUCUGUUAGUUUAUUUAUGUGCAGGUCAGUUAGUUUAAUUGUCGAUUUUGACAUAUUCAUCAUAAUGUCUAUUUGUUUAUUAAUGCGUAGGUCAGGUAGUAUAAUUAUCGAUUUUGAGUUGCUGACCCCAGAAGAUAUUUACAACAGUACCGUCCUUGAACUUGCAAGUGCCUUUAGUACCCUCCUCAAUCGAGGUGCUUUAGUGGUUGGAAACUCAACAUACUAUAGUGUACAAAAUGCUCUCUUGAAAGACGACUCACUUCCUUACCCACGUAAGUGCAAUGUAUUUGCGAAGUGGCUAUUCGCACCCGGGAAUCAGAAGUGAGAGGCUGUGAUUAAAAAAUAUUUUAAGUAUUAUUCUUGGGUUUGUAAGACAAAAUCUGGUAUUGGUAUGAAAAUGAAAUGAUAAAUGAAUGGACUACGGCACGGGUAUGUGAACUUACUUCUUCAGCUUAACUAAAACGAAUGACCACAAAUGACAUCCGAAUAGCAUUUUCAUUUAGUCUAGAGGGACCCGAGUCCGAAUAUAGCCCCAGCCCUAUAAUUAGCUAUCAGUGAUAAGCUAUGACUAUGAUACUAUUAUAACUUCUAAGUCUAAGUUUAAAAAAAAUAAUUUAAAAAAAAAUUAAUUAUUGAAUUUGAAAAUAAGGAGGAUUUUACAAUUUAGAAUAUCUCAUACUGGCUUUUACUACUUUAGUGCCAGUCAUCUGUUACUUAUGCAAGAACUAUCAAUCCUGCACAAAAGGUUCAGAUGGAACUUGGAUACCAAAAUGCGUGUAA